CUCUUUCCCACGCUCUUUUAUGUGGAAUAAUAGACGAGAGUCCGUGUAGACCAGACGGCCUUUUCACCUCUUCCACCCUUGUUCAGUCUCCAGAAAUUUCUAGGAAAAGUUCAUUUCGUGGGGCCAGGUGGCCUCUUCCUGCUUCAAAGUGACUGAGGCGCUUACAGCCUUCUUGGUGUCACCCUCGCCGGACUUUUCCCCCAUAAAUUCACAGACUCCGGCUUCCAGAGCCAAGGCCCCCUCCCCCCCCGGGGGGAGCCAGGUCGGGGUGGGGAGCGGGGGCAGGAAUGCCCUCCUCCUUCCCAACUUGCAACCUGGGAGUAGCGCCCGGUGUGUUUCCCUGAGGCGGAGGCAGGGAAGAUGUAAAGAAGAGAAAAAAUAACUCCCCAGUGGGUGAUGCUCUGAUGCCGGAAUGUGGGGUGGUGACGCCUCAGGCCUUGCUGCUGCCUCAGCGGCGGCCCAGCCACAGAGAAGGGUUCGCCAGAAGAAAGAAGACGUCCCUGUGGUUUGUGGGGUCUCUGCUGGUGGUGUCCACCUUCAUCCUGACCCUCGGCCUCACGGCCAACACCAGGACGGAGAACGUGGCCGUGGGGGGCUACUACCCAGGGGUCGUGCUGGGCUUUGGAUCUUUCUUAGGAAUUAUCGGCAUCCACCUGGUGGAGAACAGACGGCAAAUGCUGGUGGCGGCCGUCGUGUUCAUCAGCUUCGGCGUGGUGGCCGCCUUCUGCUGCGCCAUCGUGGACGGCGUGUUUGCUGCGAGGCACAUCUGCCUUUUCAGCUUCCUCUGGCUGAACGUGCCAGCGCCCAGCGGGGCGCAGGAGGGUUUGUGGGCGCCUACCACGCUGAUUCUCAAGGCCCGUGUGCUGGUACGGCCCCACCUCUUCCCCCCUGGGGAGCCCCGGCCACUGGUGGCAGGAAGGUGCCAGUUUUACUCCAGCGAAGUCGGCUACCUGCACGACGUCUACCAGACGGAGGUCACCUGUCACUCCCUGAACGGCCAGUGCCAGCUGAAGGUGAAGGGCGACACAUGCUACUGCUGUGACCUCUACAACUGCCAGAGCACCGAGCACCCUGCCACCUACUACGAGUUCGUGGGCGUGAGCAGCUGCCAGGACGUGCUCCACCUCUAUCGGCUGCUCUGGGCCUCGGCCAUGCUCAACGUCCUGGGCCUGUUCCUGGGCAUCGUCACCGCGGCUGUCCUGGGGGCCUUCAAGGACAUGGUCCCUCUGUCUCAGCUGGCCUACGGCCCCUCGUCACCACCUCAGACCCUCUACAACCCCGCCCAGCAGAUCCUGGCCUACGCGGGCUUCUGCCAGGCGCCCCCAGCCGGUGCCCCCUGCUCGUCCUUCCCUCUGCCUCUGCAGAAGCAGUUUUUGCAUCUGUGUAUUAGUGUGGGUCCCGGAGAAACAGAAUCACUAGCACGCGUGCUCGUAGAGGACACAGACACAGAUGCCCUUACAGACAGGGAUGACUCCGCUAGAGAUACGUGGACGGAGACCUGGAGAGACGGGGCGAGUCUGAAAUCUGCAGGGCAGGCUGCAGGCCGGGGCCCUGGGAAAGCGGAUUUUGCAGCUUUGAGUCUGAAGCCCUCCUGCACCUUCACGGCCUCGCCCUGCACUGACCUCUCUCUGUCCGAGGACGUGUGGCUCCCGUCCCAGUCCAGCUCUGGCUGCCGGCUCCCUCCCAACGCGCCCCCCGUCUCUGCUCCCACCUGCUUCCUCCCCGGGGAGAAGCCUCCCCCCUACGCACCCUGAUGCAGGGGGUAGAUGGAAAACAAUUUUUUGUUUUGUUAAAAGAUAAAGCAGCCUCUGCAAAUCC